GCCGUCCACGUUUCACAGUUUACCAUGGCAAUUCACCGAGUACUUAAAUAGCGAAGAGAGAGAAUCCAUUUAGUCUCUCAAAAAUCGCGGCUCGCCAUUCGUCUCUGCUCCGCUUAUCCCUUCAGAUCCUUCGUCGAAAGAGCCGACUGAUCGAUAGGCAGCUAGGACUAGAACUAGAAGUAAGAAUGGGGCUUACAUUCGCGAAGUUGUUCAGCAAGCUUUUUGCCAAGAGAGAAAUGCGUAUUUUGAUGGUAGGUCUUGAUGCGGCCGGUAAGACCACCAUCUUGUACAAGCUCAAGCUCGGUGAAAUUGUCACCACGAUCCCUACUAUCGGGUUUAAUGUGGAGACAGUGGAGUAUAAAAACAUCAGCUUCACUGUUUGGGAUGUUGGUGGUCAGGACAAGAUCCGUCCACUGUGGAGGCACUACUUCCAAAACACUCAGGGUCUAAUUUUUGUGGUUGAUAGUAAUGACAGGGAUCGAGUUGUUGAGGCUAGGGAUGAGUUGCACAGGAUGUUAAACGAGGAUGAACUGAGGGAGGCUGUUCUUCUUGUAUUUGCCAACAAACAAGAUCUUCCAAAUGCGAUGAAUGCUGCGGAGAUAACUGACAAGCUUGGUCUCCAUUCUCUACGCCAACGCCACUGGUACAUCCAGAGCACGUGUGCCACUUCUGGUGAGGGCCUGUACGAGGGGUUGGAAUGGCUUUCCAACAACAUUGCUAGCAAGGCAAGUACAUGAACAAAGCUUAAAAGCUAACACAAAAUUAUACGUAGGACAGAUGGGAACGAUACCAUAAAAUUAUAAAAGGUCUAAGCUGCCAUCUGAUUCGGCAAAUACAUUGUGAAUUUUAACUUUGAAAGAUCAUUCUGAAAGCACGUUCAUCAUAUCACUUCAUUGUAGGGGUUCCACAUUUGCUAUAUCUGCACUAUUCCUUUCAUUAUAUUUUAGUUACAAUCAUAUUCCCCUUCUUUUCAGGCAUGAGACAUCAAAGAAAUCUGGUUUCUGGCGAUC